AUUUCAACAGACCCAUCCACGAUUCAUUUCGAUGGCAACUUUGUCGAUUCGUAAUAAGAAAAUAAAAUGGUCUAUAACGGCCCGAGUAAGGGGUGCCGUAGGUGCCGGGACCGGAGAGUCAAGUGUGACCAAAGGCAACCGGCGUGUCUGAACUGCUCUACUCGGGGUAGCACAUGCCCAGGGUAUAGGGACACUUUUGACAAAGCUCAUAGAGACGAAACAGUAAAAACCUGGAGACGGCAUUCCCGUCAAAGUCGCAUGACUGACACUAUGGGCGCACCGCCAACACUCAACUCUGGCCCGAUGCAAAUCUUUCCGCCGAGAAGCAUUCUGUCAGACCCUGAGUCUAACGCCUUGAACUUUUUCUUCCUCCAUUACAGUUUGUGUCAGAAUGUCGAAGAAACAUGCAGUUUCUUCAGCUUUCUCCCUGACAUGUAUGCCAAGUCAAAUAUAUCUUCUCCCCUGAACAGGGCAACGGCGGCUCUUGCGCUUCAGGUCACCCAUCUGCAUUUUUCACACGGCGGCGAAAGCUGGAUGGCAAGUAAUGUCUACGCAGAUGCAGUGAUGCAGACCAAACAAGCCCUCGCCGCACCGGCGCAGAGCAAAUCGGACUCGCUCCUAAUGACGACACUUAUUCUCGAGGCGUACGAGAGCGCAAAAGGCGUAUUUGGAAGAGAGGAGAAAUUCUCUUUGCAGUCACGUACGCAUGUUCUUGGCUCCAUCGCCUUGCUGAAGCACCGAGGGUCCUUGAACUUUAGAGACGAGUUAUCGUGGCGCCUCGUCAUUGCCACCAGGAAUAGGCUACUUCACCACACCUGGCACAGUGUUAACGAACUCGCCGCCAUCGAAGCAGUUGUUGAUAUUUGGGACCAUGGUAACGUGGAUAGGCCGAAAGGGCCGGCGGUGGAAGCCGACACACUGGCAUUCAGACUAUCACAGCUUAAGCUUAUGGUAACGACCAAGUCUAAAGUCCCAGACUUGAACAAGACCAACUUGAUGAACAAUAGCACCGACGGCAGCCAGAAUUUGCAAGUUAUUAUAGCCCAUGCUAUUGAUAUUGCAAGCCAAUGUGCACUCUGGCAGACCGCCCUGCCAUCAACUUGGAGGCCGAUAUCUAUCCCAGCCUACACUCUCGCCACAUCAACCCAGGUCGCUGGUACAUACGAGCACGUGGCUCCGACAGUUUAUGCAAAUAUCUCCAUAGCCAACUCAGUCAAUCGUCACCGAGCCACCGAGCUGGGAUGUCUCUCACUCAUCGGCUCUUGUCUUGCCGACAUCCCAUACCAGGAAGACAUGCAAGAUAGCCACCAGCCAGGCCUGACAUCUACACUCAUGGCCAGAGCACAGAUCCUUGUUGACGAGAUAUGCGCCAGUGUGCCGUUUCUUACCGGUGACGUGACGGCAGGUGGAUUAUGGUCUCACACCGUGCUCGUGCCGUCCGUGGUUCGACAACCUUCACAUGGGAGCGACCGCAGUUGCACGGUUCCUGAGAAUACGACCAAGCACGCGCAACAAGUUAUGACGUCUGGAUUGUACAUGAUGUACGGUAUAUUAACGGCGGUGCUGAGUAUACUCAAAAACAUGCGAACCGUACUUCGCGAUGGGCAGGUCAGCUGGAUAAUAGGUCAGGUUAAUCGGCUAAGACAUGUUCUUCGUAUUACGCAGGAUGUCUAAACAGUUCUGUGUUACAGAGGUUAUAGGUAGAAUAGAGACCUUGGUGAUUUGAUAAUGCGACAUGGAGAAUUUCUGUUUUCUUCCUCGGAUGGGCUCACGUUAUGGACCGUUGUAUUUUGUUUACUGGCUGCCCCUCGUAAUGCUAGCGUAAGCCCAGCGCUACGGCUAAGGAAAUCCGUUGUGUUGAGAAUUGACCUGGUCUCAAAGCGAACAAAGUAAGUUACCUUCUCUGGAUAUUUAAUGCGAGAAAUUACGCAUGCCACAUAGAAAGGUUUAUGAUUAAGUCAUGUCAGACCUUGAAAGAUAUCAGAUCAACAGCU